AUGUACUUCGCUGCCUCUUCCGUUGCGCUUGCCGCUCUCUUCACCACCGUGCACUCGCACGCAGCUAUCUUGGCCGCCGUUGGAGACUCCGGUGAGAGUCAAGGUUUCUUGGUUGACCCUGCUAUUGCUCGCAACUGCACAACCAUCUCUCCUUGCCAGCAGGAUGCUACCAUCAUCCGCGACUCAGAGAUCAAGCAGAACAUCGUCAACGCCUGCGGCAGGACUGAGAUCGCUGGUAACAUCGACAUCGGCGAGCAGACCGAGAACGAGCUUGCUGCUGGUCGUAUGGCCCAGGUUUCUGGCGGCUCCAUGCUGGCUGUCACCAUCCACCAAGUCAACGCUGAUGGCGCCGGUCCAUUCGAGUGCGACAUGGACGAGACUAGCAACGCCGUCACCACCUUCACCCCCUUGAAGGUGUCCAACAACAUCCCCGGUUCUUUCGGUCUCUCCCAGGCCAAAGAGAAGGACUUUGUCAUCAACGUCCAGAUGCCUGACAACUUCAACUGCCUCGGUGCUUCCACUGGAAACAUCUGCACCAUCCGAUGCCGCAACAACGCCAUCGCCGGUCCCUUUGGUGGAUGCUUCGCCGUCCAGCAAACUGACGGACAAGGUCGCACCGACGAAGCUGCCUCUGCUGUCGACACUGCUCAGACACUUGAGGGUAUCUCUGCACAAAUUCUGCAAAACAAGAAGGAUCUUCCUGCUGCUAUCGCGGCGAACCAGGCUGCUGGUGCUGCGGGUGGCAAUGAGGGUGCCAGUGCCAUUUCCGCUCUUAUUCCUGACGCCACUCAAGCUCCCAACGCUGGUAACGGCAACAACGGUGGCAACAACGGUGGCAACAACGGCGGCAACCAGAACAACGGCAACCAAGGCCAGGGCCAGCAGGGUCAGGGUCAGGGUCAAGGACAGAACCAGGGCCAGGGCCAGCAGAACCAGGGCCAAGGUCAGAACGGUCAAGGUCAGGGUCAGGGUCAAGGCAACGGACGCCAAAACCAGGGCCAGGGCCAGGGCGGCUUCGGCGGCCAGGGCAACCGCGGCGGCAACAGGUUCAGGCGCGCCCUCAAGUUCUUCAGCUAA